AUGUCUCUUUCACUGAAUUGGAAGAAUCUCAGUUCUCGGCUUGAUACAUCGAAGGUGAACAAACCGUUGAAGAAAAAAUCAAAGAAAUAUGUCUCAAAACAACCACUGCAGAAACGGAGUCAAGUUCGGGGAAAAGUUCCAGACGACAUCAUAUCUUCUAGCUCAUCUCCAAAAUCCAAGCUAAUGAAUCCUGUCGAACGGGCACUUUGGGAAACUGAAUCUGGGAGUGAAUUGAAGAUUGACGUACAUUCCUCUAAUAGAAUAGUUCUUCUCAAUAGCAAAAAGAAGAUGCUUGCGGGAAAGUAUAUCGCAAUUGACUGCGAAUUCGUGGGGGUGGGAAAGGACGAGCGAUCGGCAUUGGCAAGAGUAUCAUUGGUGAAUUAUUAUGGAGUCGUCUUGUUGGACACGUUUGUGAAGCCCAAGGAGAGAGUCACAGAUUGGAGAACCUGGGUUUCCGGUGUAACCCCACAACAUAUGCGACAGGCCAUAACAUUUGAGAUGGCCCAGAAAAGGGUCCAUGAUUUGCUAAAUGACAAGAUACUCGUUGGCCACGCUGUUCAGAAUGACCUCGAAAGCCUCCUCAUGUCACACCCAAGACACAUGAUACGAGACACCUCUCGUUUCUCUGAGUUUCGGAAGUUAUCCAAAGGCAAGGCUCCGGGGCUUAAAAAACUAGCCAGGGAGUAUUUCCAAAUAGAUAUACAAACAGGGGCACAUUCAUCUGUCGACGACGCACAAGUUACCAUGGCUUUAUUCCGUAUUCGGAUGAGGGCCAUCGAAAAGGAGCAACUGGGAAAGGCAUUUACAUAA